UUCUUCAAAGUAGACAUGCAGGAAGAGAGUGUGGCAGAACUCUGGUCGGAAAGAUGCGGCGAACUUCUUCAAAGUAGGCAUGCAGCAAGAGAGAGUGUUGCUGAUCGGAGAGAUGGAUUAGUAAACAGAUAUAUACAGUACAAUGAGCAAGAGAGCAAGCGUUGAUGUUUCCCGCCUCGUCCGGGUCCAGUGUCGUUCUGCAGUGAGGAGCCCAUCGCCGCCCUCCGCGGGACCGAUCCAAUCAUGAAUUGAAGCCUCCGCCAUCUCCCGCCUUCACACGGAGACCGUCCAGUGGGCGAUGGGUGGGCGGUGUCCCGUCCGCCGGUACUUGGUUACGACAAGUAACACUUCCCUGUCUCAGUGAGUGAGUGAGGAUGGAGGCGGCGAGUCUGAGCGGGGGAAACGGUUCUUCCACAGCCCGGGCGAAGGAGCUCUUCCGAAACCAGCGCAAGGACUCGGAGAGUUCUGUGGAUUUCCCAAACGUAGAGUUUGAAUAUGGAGAUUCAGACACCAUUGUGGCAGAGUUGUCAGAGCUGUACAGUUACACCGAAGAGCCUGAGUUUGCCAUUAACAGCGAUUGCUUCGAAGAGGAUUUUGCUAUUCAUGGGAAAGGCAGGAAAUGGGUAGAAAUGGAAGAGACUGAACAUAAGACCUACUUAAUGAGGCUGCUGGAUGGACUGGAUGUAAUAAACCGAGAGAAAAGACUUAAGUUUGCCAGAGCCAUUCUUUACCUGGCCCAAGGUGUGUUUGAAGACUGCUACACAGAGCCCGAAGUGGUGCACUGGGCCCGUUACAAUGUCUUCCUUCUCUAUGAAAUGGGCACAUUUGGGGCAUUGGUAGAAUUACUCAAUAUGGAGAUUGAUAACAGCCAAGCAUGUAGCAGUUCCCUGAGGAAGCCAGCCAUCUCCCUUGCUGAUAGCACUGAGCUGAGGGUGCUGCUGAACAUUAUGUACCUGAUGAUGGAGAUAAUGCGCAGGGAGGUGGAAGAUGAUAAACCAGAGUGGAGUUUGGCAAGAGAUGGAUUCAGAAAUGAAUUAAGUUCCCCAGUGUAUAACGGGGAGCCCUUUGCGAUCCUCCUCUUCUCCCUUGUGAACAAGUUCUGCUGUGGGAAUGCUCCGCACUGCCCCAUUAAGAAGGUGCUGUUGCUCCUCUGGAAGACAAUUUUGUUCUGUCUUGGAGGGUUUGAGGAGCUGCAGGAACUGAAAAUGGAGAAGCGAGAGCAGCUGGGCCUCCCUGCACUGGCGGAGAACAGUAUUGAGGUGAUGCGCACGCUGCGAGCUGCCUCUCCCCCAGCCUCAGCCAUGGACCUGCUGGAGCAGCAGCAGAGGCGAGGACGCAGAGGCCGACGGGUGCUGGUUAAACAGGACAGCCUGGAUAUCUACUGCGAGAGAGACGAGUCGCGGGAGGAGGAUGAUGAGGCCGAUGAUGUUGAUGGUGGGAUCGAGGGAGAACUGGAUUCCCUGGAGAGGGAGGCACUGGCCCAGCCCCUGGCCUGUCCACGACUGCCCCCAGACAGGGUAUUCUUCCCCCGCUGCCUGCCCUGGACUCCAAAGGUCAGGGAGAAGGACAUUGAAGAGUUUCUGGAAGUGAGCAGAUGCAAGUUCAUCGGAUUCACGCUGGGGAAUGAUACUGAUACUCUGGUGGGUCUACCGAGACCCAUUCACGAAAGUGUAAAGACCCUGAAGCAGCACAAAUACAUCUCCAUUGCUGAAGUGCAGGCCAAGAGGGAGGAGGAGCUGCAGAGAUCCCCAGUGUCACUGGGUGCUGAGAAAGUGGAGCAGACCCCAAUUGAGGUACAAUAUCAGGGAAUGUUAUACAAUCUUCCACAGUACAUGAUAGCCCUGCUGAAGAUACAGCUGGCUGCUGCUCCCACAUCCAAGACAAAGACCGACUCCAUCAAUAUCUUGGCUGACGUUCUGCCCGAGGAAAUGCCCAUCACUGUGCUACAAAGCAUGAAGCUAGGCAUUGAUGUCAACAGACACAAAGAGAUCAUUGUGAAAGCUAUCUCUGCCCUCAUGCUUCUGCUACUCAAGCAUCUCAAGCUCAACCAUAUCUACCAGUUCGAAUAUGUUUCCCAGCACUUGGUAUUUGCCAACUGUAUACCUCUCAUUCUGAAGUUCUUCAAUCAGAACAUCAUGUCGUACAUCACAGCCAAGAACAGUAUCGCUGUCCUGGACUAUCCUCACUGCGUGAUCCACGAGCUGCCAGAACUCACUACUGACGCUCUGGAAGCCAGUGACCAUAAUCAGUUCUGCUGGAGGAACCUCUUCUCCUGCAUCAACCUGCUGCGUAUUCUAAACAAGCUCACCAAAUGGAAACACUCUCGGACCAUGAUGCUUGUGGUUUUCAAGUCAGCGCCAAUUUUGAAGCGGGUCCUGAGGGCAAAGCAGGCAAUAAUGCAGCUGUAUGCACUCAAACUGCUGAAGAUCCAGACCAAAUACAUGGGGCGGCAGUGGAGGAAGAGCAACAUGAAGACCAUGUCUGCCAUCUACCACAAAGUGCGACAUCGCUUUAAUGAUGACUGGGCGUAUGGCAAUGAGAUCGAUGCAAGGCCCUGGGACUUCCAGGCAGAGGAGUGUGCUCUGAGAGUCAACAUUGAGACAUUCAACAGUCGCCGCUAUGGCCUGUACCACAGUGACUUGGAGUUUGCCCCGGUGGACAACUGCCUGCAGAGCGUGCUGGGACGUCGCCUGCCACUGCCCGAAGAUUUCCGCUACAGCUACGAACUCUGGUUGGAGAGGGAGGUCUUUGCCCAGCCCAUUCGCUGGGAGGAUCUGCUCCAGCCCCUGGCUUGAUGAUGGCAACCUGCCUCUGCAGCAGGUGUUGCUAUCUUGGCCCGUCUUCCAAAGACGUUUCCCAACGGAAAUCCGAUCUCAACUUUUGGCCUGGUGUUUGAUUUGUAAAUUUGGGAUGGAACCUUGUUACUUCUCAGCCAAUCCCCCAGUCCAUCUCUGGCACCGUGACCUGAGUGAGUUUGUACAACAUCUUGUUUGCCGUCUCCUACCUGUCCCCACUUGGCCAACUGGAGCAACAAGACAGAUGCCAUCAGGGAGAAUCCCUUGCACCACCACUGAGAUCCUGCAGCUUUCCCUCUCAUGCAAUGCUGAGAGCAGCUGGACUUGACCCUGCAGCCUUCCCACUCUGUAGCCAUGAGCAUUGAUGAGCUCAGUGCCUCAGUAUGCCUAUGUCUCUGCUGCUGGAGACAUGACUGAAGCCCCCUUCAUACCUCACUGUAUGGGAACAAUGAGGGUAAAGUGGCUGGAUUCACGAUGACCCACCAUACGUUUCCACACACAUUGAGUGUAUCUAAUCUUGAUUGUAAUUUCCAUCGCUUCCCACCCUACAUUGCCACUUUUUAAACUUUAUUUUAUGAUUUUAUUAUUCGUGAUUUUCUCGCAGGCCACUGCCGGAGUCCAGUGAAGAACAGCCAGGAAGCAUAAUGGGCUGAGCAGCUGCCUCUUGUCUUGGAAUUACCUUGGGUAAUUACUUUUUAAACGGAAGGGAGGUUUUGGGCUCUUGUCACAGGAAGGCUACAACAUGGCAACUGGCCAAGUGCCCCUUUGGGUCCAUGUCACACCUUCCAUCAAAUGUAGCACCAGGACUGGACACAAUGUUCCGACUGUGUCCUAAUUAGUGUUUCAUAAAACUUCAUCAGGAUUUCCGUGUCCUUGGACUCUUUGCCACUUUUAUAGUGCCUAGUGCUGUUAAAACAAACACUUUUUCUAUCAAUUUUGCCUCUUUCAAUGAACUAUCCAUGUAGACCCUAGAUCUCUCUGUUCCAGUACACAUCUGGAAUAUUGCCCUCGUGUUUAUGCUGUCUAUUCUAACCAAAAUGGUACACUUUGCAUUUGUCUGCAUUACAUUUAAUGUAUCCAUCUCUCACUAACUUCUCUGCGACCUCUUUGUCUAUUCCUAUCCUUCUCAGAGUUCACUGGGCUUCCAGGUUUAAUGCGUGCACAUCCAUCAUUGAUAUAUAUUAUGAAAAGUCCUGGGGAACUCCACUGUACAUAUCCCUCCAGUCUGCAAUACAACUGUGUACUGUCUGAAGAAGGGUCCCGAAAUGUCACCGAUCCAUGUUCUCCAGGGAUGCUGCCUGGCCUGCUGUUACUUCAGCAAUUUGUGGCCUUUUGUGCACUACUUUUCUCUGUUUACUGUCAUUUACCCAAUUCCCUGUACAUACUGCUACUGCCCAUUGCCUUAUUAAGAUUCACGUUGCUGCUUCUAUUGGUGCCCAGCUGUGGGCCUUGGUUAUGUUGACUCUGUAUGUGGUCAAUGUUUGGAAAACCCUGACUUGCACUGUUGUAGUG